GCACCGACGCGUUAUGGACGACGCGUCGCAGGAUCUACCGACGACCGAAUAGGCGCCCAAGCUGAACAUACGACUUCCUGGCUCGCGACGGUCUCAAAACUCUCGAUAUACAUGCGAGGUGCAUUGUAUGGCCUCCAUCUGCGGGCCAGAGCUUCGCGUCGCGAGUUACAAGGUCUCGGUCCCUCGGGCAGCCUGUACGUGAAGCAUCCCGAGGCUCAGGGUGACGACAGGGUUUGAUGAUGACGAGCGAGGCUUUCGUGCUUCGGUGCGGACGUCGGAGGAGGUGCGGUCCCCCAUCAGGCGGACGCCGAGCGAAUAUAUAAGCCUGGCGACGACGAAAACCCUCUUUAGUCAGACCCCGCCCCUUCCUUUCGUUUAGGUUCUUCGUCUCCCACAGCCAUGCCGCGCUCCUUACUCUCUUUGACCGUCCUCGGUCUGUCGCUCUUUUUGCGCUCUGCGGCUCUGCAGAAGCGGCAGUGGGACACGCAGGACAAAAUCCAUGGUGUCAACCUCGGUGGUUGGCUCGUUCUCGAGCCUUGGAUUACUCCCUCGCUCUUUGAGGCGACUGGCAACGACAAGAUCAUCGACGAGUGGACCUUUGGCGAGCUGCAGGACCGUGAGGCGGCCACUGCGGCACUGAAGGCCCAUUGGGAUUCGUGGAUCACCGAGGACGACUUCAGGCAGAUUGCCGAAGCUGGCCUCACCCAUGUCCGUCUGCCUAUUGGUUACUGGGCGUUUGAGACGGGGCCCGGAGAGCCUUACAUCUCUGGCCAAAUUCCGUACCUUCAGAAGGCACUUGACUGGGCGGCGAAGUACGGUCUCAAGGUCAACGUCGACCUCCACGGCGCCCCGGGUAGCCAGAAUGGCUUCGACAACUCCGGCCAGAAGAUGGACAAGCCGGGCUGGGCGUACAACGAGACCAACGUCGCCCGCACGGAGGCCGUCCUCCAGAACAUGACGGAACUCGUCAAGGACUUCGAAGCCGCAUCUAUCAUCGCUCCUCUGAAUGAGAUCGCGCCUUGGACCUCCCCGGACAUGAUCAUGGGCGUCGCGAAGCAGUACUGGCAAGACAGCUACGACAUUGUCAGCAAGACGGCCCCGCAGAAGACCGUCAUGAUUCACGAUGUCUUCAACACCAGCGACUACUGGGCCGACUAUUGGGCUGACAAGACGUACGGCAGCGCCAUGAUCGACACCCACUUCUACCAGGUCUUCGUCGUCGACCAACUCAAGUGGAACUUCCGCCAGCACAUCGAGCACGUCUGCGAGCGCGCCUCCAACGUCACCGCCACCGCGCUGCCCACCGUCGUCGGCGAGUGGACGCUCGCGCUCACCGACUGCGCCAAGUACCUCAACGGUCUCGGCGUCGGCGCGCGCUGGGACGGCACGUACCCCGACACCCAUCGCCUCGGCUCGUGUGACAAGUGGACCGGCACGGGCGACAAGUUCGACGACAAGUACCGCGAGCAGCUGCGCGCGUUCCGCGACGCGCAGGUGAGCACGUGGCUCCAGGGCCAGGGCUACUUCUUCUGGACGUGGAAGGCGGAAGAGGCGGCGGAGUGGUCAUACCAGGACGGCCUGAAAUACGGCUGGAUCCCGAAGGACCCGAACGAGUUGAAGUACCCGGAUAUCUGCUCGGAUCCGGGUUCGAUUUUGUCGAUUGGGCUUGACCUUGACCUAGAUGUUUCCGUUGGGCUAUGAUGGCCUGCAUACCUACCGGUCCCUUGUGGACAUGCACAAUACCCUUAUUUGCGUGGACUACUUCCAUUGCCUACAAUCUCGCUCUCCCAUGUAUCGUAGAUAAUGGACUAAUCUUUAAAUGCUGGAUCCUCAAGGCU